CUGGCCCAGCGCCUCGCUCUGCUGCGACUGACGGUGAGCCCACAAGGGCACUGUUUCCAGGAUGUCACCGAAUUGUGGGAACACAAAGACUUUGGAAUUCACUAUCUCCAACUGAACGAUAUUUUCAACUGGCCCUUUCAUGGGGUCAGCAUGGCGGGCCUCACCACGUGGCCACGCUGCCUAUUGAAAUACACCAUGCCGAUUCGGGAGAAGCAGCUUGCCACGACGGCGACCACAAGAGGGGUGAGCAAGGAGAAGUACGAGGAGAUGAAGAGAACGUUGAAAAAGAAGGAGGAGGACCUGGAGAAGCUGAGGGAGGAGAUGGAGGAACAAGACGAUGAGCUUCAGAAGCUGAAGGAGGAGAUGGAGGGGGCGAGCGAAAAGCACGAGGCGGAGCUACGAGAUCUGGAGAUGAAGAAGGACGAGGAGCUGCGAAGGCUGGCGAAGAUAAAGCAAGACGAACUCGAGACGCUGAGGAAAGAGAAGGCCGAACACCACGAGCUGGAGCAGCAACGUCGCAAGCAAUCGUGGGCGAUAACAGCCACGACACGAUACUUUUUGAACGACACGGUUCUCAAGAGCAGAAGGCAGGCGGUGCCAUUGGCGCCUCCACGUGGUUCCCGACGACAAUGGUGCAACUGGUGGAUGAGGAGCCUAGAGAUUGGAAGCCUCCGCCAAAGAUUAUCUCUCGUGUUUGGGGUUCGGGGUGUUCGACAAGCAGAACUGGUGGUUCGUGAAGACGACGCAUCCGGACGGCAGCGUGACGAUGGUAACUUAUUAUGA